UCCUGCAGUUUUACCAAGGACUUAUAGGAUCACCGCUAAGAUCUGGUUAUAAAAGAAGGUUAUAAUCAGACAGCUGAUCCUGUGAAGCCUUAAAAAGCUUUUCUUGGACAAACGCCAUCCUCUGAAUUUUACAACACCAUUUUUUAAUGUGCAUCUUUUUAGAGAUGUACAGAGCAAAUGCUUGGUUGUGCUCCUAUCUGCCAUGGCAAUAUAAUCACAUCAUUUGUUUUUGUUAGUGUCGUCACUGCACCAAAUAUCUUUUAAUCUUUAUUAUUUUUAUUCUGAGAUAAAGCCACGAGGAGCCUGAUUCAGAGUUUCAUACACAGAGUCUGAACUCUGUGUGCACAGAUAUAAUUGUUACAUUUGUUAUAUGGAGUUAUAUUGGUCGCAGCUCAUUCUGUCUCAGGUGUAGCUCUCAGCUUAAUAAACUGACCUAUUUAUUGGCUGCAGUUCACUCACUUCACCUCCUUGUAUUGUGACUUGUAUUGGUUCACUGGCAUAGUUUACUGGGACAAAAUGUGUGGCUAAGCCAUCGUAAAUGUCAAUAGUUCUGACUAACUAAAUCGUAUCACGGCAUUAACCAUGGCUCUUGUUAAUAUGUUUGUUGUAAGUUUUGUAAUUUUAUCUGCUUACAGCAGGUUUUUCAGUCUAAAGUGCCAUACAAUGAACAGAAAUCGUUCAUUACAGGCAUUCAUUUAGAGUGUGGGGUCAAAAUUCUGUUUCUAGGAAGGUAAAGGCACCACAUUUUCUCAGAAGUAUCAACCUCUAGCAAGCACAUUUGGACAUGUGUAACAUGUGGUGUUGACAGAAAAAGUUGUUUGUUCACGAGCUCUUAACACAGGGACUGUGCGCGACAUACGCUCAGAAGAGUCUGAGCUGCUUGUUGAUGACACUGUUGCUGAAAGAUCAUUGGUGGAGCACACUAUUGGGUGUUGAAGGAAGUUGUGUGAAUAGACAGCUGGGAGGAAGUGGUGGUACAGACCGCAGCGUGUGUGUGAGGCAUCAGAAGCAGGAGGUACUGUGAUGCAGAGUAUAAAAACAGGGCGGAAGAUCAAACUGGCAUCGGCCUCCGCACGUCAACCAGUGUCAGAUAGAAUGACGCAUACCUGUGCAAACUGAUCGGUGGUGAUGAUGUGAUUUUGGCAUUUAAAACGUGACCUGAAGGUCUUAGUUUGGUGUUCUCGUUUCAUCAUUCGUUUUUUCCAAUUCAGAGCUUUUAUUUUUAUUUUUGAAAUGCCUUGACCGGAUAAACUUCCAGGGAUAUGUAAUGUGCUACAUUCACGUAAACGUCCACAUGUUGAGCACAAGCCGUCUACUGAAGCACUGAUGUAUUACAUUCUGGAUCUUAACAGGAUCAUUCAAAACAGGCAGCUGUAUUCCCAUAACCAGCAAUAUUAAAAAAGACUAGAGCUCCCAAGUGGUUAGGUGUGAUCAUGAUGCAAAUAGUGCACUGCUUUUUAGAGAUGUUAGGUAGCGCACUUGGAUGCAAAGGCCUGUUUAUAGGACGGCAUUUGUGUUUGACUGCUAAAGCUUUAAUUCCUUAGAUUGAUGUGCAAUCUAAGUCACGGAGGUCAAGGGAUCACAUCAAAAUAACAUGCUUGUGAGGAGUCAGGUGUCAUUUUCAGUUGUUUUUGUGACUGUGAUACACCACACUCAAAAAAACAGAUCGGUGUGGUUUGAAAUACUGUAUUCACAGAUCUACUUUGUUGUUUUUAAUUCAGGUUUCUGUUUCACACUGUAACAGAAAACAGUAAAACAUUAUUAUGUAUACCAAAAGCUUUAUAUUGAGACUUUUGAUAAAAAGUUAAUUGAUUAUCUGGGACUUGCCAACUGCACUUUUACCAAAUUAGCCUUUGUGAAUAACCUAGUGCAAAAUAAAUCUUUCAAACUGAGAUCUUAUCUUGUUUUUCUUUUAUUUUUUUCUAACAACAGGAAAUCCAUCCUGUCGUAUUUGUACAUACGCAAACAUCCUUAGUGAAACAGUGAACAAAAGGUGAUAAUACACACCUAUGAUACGCACCAGAAGUGACAGCUUGAGACUUCAAAAAGCUGUUGGGUGUUUUUUGCAAACCAGUGUCAGAGCCUAGCACAAUAUUGUCCAGUGCCUUGUUUCAUUACCACUAUGGGUGCUGAUGUGCUCAGUGGGACAGUCAAUGAACCGAUGGAGCCUGGAGGAGCUGGUGAAGAGAGAUCCGGACAACUUCAUCAUCCUUUUACAGCAGAUCAUCAGGAAGACCCGAGAGGUUCAGGAGCAGUGUCAGUAUGAGCUGGUGGCUCCUCUCGCUAUCAUGUUCUCCUCCACGCUGUUGCAGACACCGUACUGCACUGAUAACACAGACCUGCUGGAGGAAGCCAUGGAUGUGUUUUGCCAUUUCCUCACAUGGCCUGAACCCUACUGCAGUGUGUGUAAAAAGCUUCUCUCCACAAUACAGCUAGAAAUGAAGGCCCCAGGAAUUUCCUUUCAGAGACUGGUGAGGGACGAGCAGGGCUUGAACACAUCCAUCCAGUGCUCAAAAACCAUGACUGUGUUGCUGAUGAACCCCAGUGAAGUUCCUGCUGACUUUGUUUCAGUGGCUGAGCAGCUCAGCUGCGUUCAGCACUCACAGAGAGAAACCUACAUCACUUUGAUUAAACACGCCUUCCAGUCCACACUAGGCACCAAGUACCCUCUGCACAGCAUUCACAGAGCUCUGCAGGAAAAACCUGUGAAUGAGCUGGAGGAAAUCUACUCCUUGGUAAGCGAUGCCUUAGAGGCAGCUGCUACCAUGAGUGAACCACUGAAGGGGCGCAGUCAUGUCAUCCAGGGACUGGAGAAACUCCGGGAGAUGAUGAAGAUCCCUGCUUCCAAUGGAAGGAAGUCUGAUGGAAUGUUGCAGACGCUACCCCUGCCCACAGCCAAAUGUUACAUGUUUAACUGGGAAAAAGAUAACUUUGAUGUUCUGAACACCCUUUUGGAGCAUGAAACUGGCUACCUGUCCACUAAUGAGCAGGAAGAAGAGGGUGAUAUUGAUGACGAGAGGUAUGUGACAGAAAUUGAUGUGGAAGAAGACAAAGACGAGGAGGAGCAUGGUGUUGAACCUUCUGCAAUAUCUAUCAUCCCUAGUGACUACCGCAACAGCCAUCGUGCCUCUACCUUCUCCACGAUCUCCUCCACAUCCAAAGACUCCAUGUUCUCCACCUUGUCUGUAGCCUCAGAAUCGUACGCUCCCUCCCUUCUUUCUAUCACCUCUGGAGCUGAUAGUGACUACUUUGAAGAUCCUGAUGACUACAUUUGCUCCUCUCCUGUCGCUGAAAAAUGUUCGCCAAGGUCAACAAAAAGUUCAGCUCGACUAAGCCAACACUUCUACCGGCUUUUCAUCAAACCCAAGAGCCCCCUUUCCCGGGCCAAAAGUUUAGGAAACACUGAAUCGAAAGACCUUUUUGUGGUGCGAGAGAAGCGUUCCAACUCCCUGCCCCAGCAGGUCAGAUUACAUAGUCCUGAACCCUCACUCCAGCCACAAAGUCAAACCCUUAAACAUGUCUGCUUCCGAAGGAGGCCUAUUCUUAGCAGUGAUGAAGACAUUAAGAAUAUUACGCUGAGGGUGGUGGUAUUUGGUGCUGAUCAUGUAGCGGGGAAGGUGGCCCGAGCAUACAAUGACCUCAGGAGAAAGGAGACUGCAUGUCCGCGUCUCAGCAGGGCUUUCAAUCUUCAGUUCUACUUUGUGCCAGUGAAGAAAGACUCUGCAGUAAUAGCAGCUCGGAGAGGUUCUAGUCCUUUAAUUCAACCUGGAGCUUCAAAGGGAACAACCCUGUGUAACGACCACAUGGGCAUAGGGGACAGUACUAAUGACAUUGCCCAUCUCCUUGGUAUGCUGGAUCCUUGGUACGAAAGAAACACCCUCAGCCUGCUUAACUUACCAGCCAACAUCGUCUGCCAGCAAACCUCAAAAACAGAGUCCGAGUCCUACGAUAGCUCAUAUGAGCAGCGUCUACCCAUCCUGGCCGACUUGGUCCUGUACUACUGCCGCUAUGCUGCUCGGCCAACUCUAAUCCAGCUCUAUCAGGCUGAGCUGACGUUAGCUUGUGGAGAGCGGAGGACUGAGGUGUUCGUCCACUCCCUGGAGUUGGGUCACGCCGCAGGAACGCGAGCCAUCAAGGCCAUGGGUGCUGCCAGUAAACGUUUUGGCAUUGAUGGUGACCGAGAAGCAGUCCCUCUAACUUUGGAAGUUGUGUACAACAAGGUUGUUAUUAGCGGCAGAAGUCAGUGGAAGCGAGAAACCAAAGUUUGUACUUCAGUAAACUUAAUCAAAGCAUGCAAGAAUCCUGAGGAGCUAGACUCAAAGAUGGAGUGCCUGCAGCUGACGAUGACUGAAGUCCUGAAGAGACAGAAUGGGAAAUGCAAAAAGGGCUACAACCAGCAGCUGACUGUGACUGAGGUGAAGGUGGACAAGGUGCAGGUCAGCGGUGUUGAAAACACAACUUUUGCUGUGUGCCUGGACCAGGAUGAGAAGAAGAUACUACAGAGUGUCACCAGGUGUGAAAUAUCAGUGUGCUACAAACCUGACAGCUCCACUGACUGGAGGCUACGAAAAUUCCAGGCCUCUGCUCAAAUCCAGCCACUCCACCCGACCUUCUGCUCCCUCCUCUGCCUGCCCAUAGUCACUUUUAGUGGGGCUCUUCCCUGAGACUGCCGACCACUGAUCUGGGAAAGAUGCUCUGCACUGUUGUGCAUAUUCUGUGAAACUAGAGACUAACUAAAGAGGAUAUUUUAAUAUUUUUUGCUAAUUUUUAUGAAGUACUUGGACAGAUUCACGUGAUGGUGCCUUCGACCUGCAGUGGGGUGCAACAUUUGGAAACAUAAAAACAGGGAUAGUAACAAAAGUCACCUGAUUAUUUUAUUUUAUGUUAUUUUUUUUAUAUAUAUUUACACAUACCAGAAGACCCAGGCAACCAAGAGACCGAGUUGAUUGCGUGUUGUUUUCUUUGUACACAGCAGUCAUUCUGUGUAAUUAGGGAACACUUUGGGUUUCAUUCAUCAAGUUUCACUUCCUCUUUCUGCACUGACAGACAAACAUGACUCCACCCACAGUCACAUUAAAAUAUCCUCUGGGUAAACAGAGUGAAUCUAGAGAGUCUUGGGUGAAAAGAUACACAAACUAGCAACACCACAUGCUGUGCUACCAGGCUCCUGGUGAGGGAGAUGUUACGACUGUGGUAUAUUGGAGUCAAAGUUUACCAACUUUUCUCUCUGGAAAUCCAUAUGGAGGUGUCUAUUGGGGGUUAUAAUCAGAUUAGGUGACAAUAUCUGAGAAUGCACACUAUUAGAGAAUAUGUAAAUAUUAUUUUUGUAAAUAUUCCGCCGUGUACUAUAACUUGAAAAUCACAUCAUCAUUUUUAUGCCUGUUAUACACAGUUAUAACAUUUCUCCUAAGGAGUUACACUGUACUGUUUUAACUGAAAUUAUAAGUAUGACCAGCAGAGGGCCCCAGUGACUUUUUUUAUUUGACUUCACUUGAAGUACAGUGUACUUGGAAUAAAGUGUCUUUGUAAUUACUGUAACAUAUUUUAUGAACGAAAUGUUUUUGAUUUUGUUUUUAAAUAAGGACACCAGUAGGGGAAAAGGUGUUUAAAAAUAGAUUUGGAUGUACACUUCCUGCAUGAAAAGGAACUGAUUCAUUGCACUUUACACUCAGUAAUCUGUGCAAUUAAAAUGUUAUUGUUUUGUUAGUGUAAAGGGAUAAUAUCCUGAUGACUUGACUGACACUGAAAUUGAAGCACUGCAGAUUGGUAUAAUUAAAUGACACGACAAUCGAGCGAACAGGCGGUUAAAUUAGGUACUUUUUGUGUUUAAAUGUUAGAUAAAUGCAUGACACCAGUGCCCUCCAUCUACAUGUGUCCUCUGAUGAAAGUGUGAUAUUUCUUUCUGUAAAUUAUAUUUGUCUAUCUAUGAAACAUCUUCAUUUCAGAGAUCAUUAAAAUAUGUAUACGUCUGCA